GCUGCGCCAUCACCCUCUGUCUAAGGAAGAGCAGUUUGCAAACCUUCACCACUAUGCAAUCUCCAGGGGAUUCGAAGUACAGACUUCAACCAACAAGAUCCUGGCGUCCUCCUUGGACCAAUCAUGGGGAUGCUUGCUAACCGUGCGAUGUCCAAUGCGGCCUACUUCUGUACAGGGAUCCUGGCCCAUGACCAGUUCUUCCAUUACGGCCUGGCUCUGGACUUGUACACGCAUUUCACAUCUCCAAUCAGGCGAUAUGCCGAUAUCAUUGUACAUCGCCAGUUACUUGCAGUGGUGGCCAGGGAUGGUGACACAUUGAACCUCCCCAACUGCACAGAACUUGAUAAUCUCUCACAACACAUCAACAAAAAACACAGAAAUGCACAGAGUGAUUCCCUAUAUGAGCCUGCUGGGACACCCACGGUUCUCUUUCGACGUCAACAGACUCUCUUUGACAUAGCCAGAGACAUUGAACAGCCUGAUGACCAAACAGCCAACCAGUCAUCAGCCGUUCUGAAUGAGUUCAUCCCUGCUGUUCAAACAGCACAAGCCAUUCUACCUAGCUGUAUAACAGAUACUGCCAGAGAGCGGCUCCAACAACUAGCCAGUAUGUGCAUCACCGGUCCCAUUACAGACCCUAUGCUCCUGGAGGUGAGACGAAACCAUGUCAUGAAAGACGUCCUAGGCACCAUACGGUACUCACAAGAUGACCUCAGCAAACUCCAGAUCAAGUUCAUCGGUGAGGCGGGUGUUGAUCUCGGUGGUCUCCGUUGCGAAUUAUUUUCCCUCCUUGUAUACUAGUUCAGACAUUCAGCGCUGAAAUCAGGUUCUCCUGGGCGCCUCACAUUCAGGACGAACUAUGUGGAGCGUGAGAAAAACACCUUUUUCUACCUUGGCCAGCUGGUGGCUCUGUCCAUUCUGAAAGAUGGUCCAGGUCUGCUUGUGUUUGCUGACUGUGUGGUCAAGAAGAUCCUCGACAUCAGAACCAAUGGUGUGAAUCCAAAUGACCUCAAUCCAGAGAUGGUAGAAACACUUGAAAAGAUGACACAUGCCUCAUCAGACAGAGAGUUACAAGAGCUGUAUUUCAGCAUUUACGACCAGCGAGAGGCAGCAGGCUUCAUCCUCCCGUGUAACUUAUUCAAAAAAGACCACAUCCCCCUCCUGCAGUCCGCCCUUGUAAGCAACAUGGUCCUGGAUUGCAGAGAUGAACUGGACCAGUUAAUU